AUGCGAUUUCUUUGCUUACACGGCGGUGGCACAAAUGGUGAAAUAUUUGAAAUCCAAACUGGAGGCCUCCGCCAGGCACUUGAGAAAAAUGGCCACCGCUUCAAAUUCAUGAACGGAAAGGUGGACGCCAAAGUCGAAGAGGAACUCGAAGGUAUAGUGGACGGCCCCUUCUAUAACCACUAUAUCCGAGGUUCCUCACCAGGCUCCAGCAUCCACGAAGCCUUCGACCACACCAAGAACUUCAUCGCAAAGGAAGGCCCCUUCGAUGGGGUGAUAGGUUUCUCACAAGGCGCGGCACUAGCAGCUUCACUUCUAAUUCACCAAAGCAAGAACUACCCGGCUGAACCGUCGCUCUUCCGCGCAGCGGUGUUUAUAUGCGGCGCGGCGCCGUGGGAUAGCACCGGACUGCAACAUAUCGCACCGCAGCCGGAUACUUAUCCGAUUUCCAUUCCGACGGCGAAUAUCGUUGGUAAGGCGGAUGCACUGUGCCCUGAGAGUGUAAGACUAUUUGAACUUUGUGAGCCCGCUAAGGCGGCUUUCUAUGAUCAUGGUUCUAAGCAUAUGGUUCCGUUUGAUGUGAAGAAUACGGAGGAGAUAGUUAGGGUUAUCGAGCAGACUGUUGCGAAGGCUAUGAGGGGUUAA